AUGGUCAGGAUGGCUUUGCUCCUGCUGCCGCUGUGGCUUCUGCCCCUCACUGGGGGAUCCCAGAGGGCUGAGCCCAUGUUCACUGCAGUCACCAACUCAGUUCUGCCCCCUGACUAUGACAGCAACCCCACCCAGCUCAACUAUGGAGUGGCAGUGACGGAUGUGGACCAUGAUGGGGACUUUGAGAUCGUUGUGGCAGGGUACAACGGCCCCAACCUGGUUUUGAAGUACAUUCGAGCCCAGAAGCGGCUAGUGAACAUUGCAGUGGACGAGCGCAGCUCACCCUACUACGCUCUGAGGGACCGGCAGGGGAACGCCAUUGGAGUCACAGCCUGUGACAUCGACGGGGAUGGCCGUGAGGAGAUCUACUUUCUCAACACCAACAACGCCUUCUCAGGUGUGGCCACGUACACUGACAAGUUGUUCAAGUUCCGCAAUAACCGGUGGGAAGACAUCCUAAGUGAUGACGUCAACGUGGCCCGUGGAGUGGCCAGCCUCUUUGCCGGACGCUCAGUGGCCUGUGUGGACAGGACGGGCUCCGGACGAUACGCUAUCUACAUCGCCAACUACGCCUAUGGUGAUGUGGGGCCUGAUGCCCUCAUUGAAAUGGACCCUGAGGCCAGUGACCUGUCUCGGGGGAUCCUGGCACUCAGGGACGUGGCUGCUGAAGCUGGGGUCAGCAAAUACACAGCGGGCCGGGGUGUCAGCGUGGGCCCCAUUCUCAGCAGCAGUGCCUCAGAUAUCUUCUGUGACAACGAGAAUGGGCCCAACUUCCUCUUCCACAACCAAGGCAAUGGCACCUUCGUGGAUGCUGCAGCUAGUGCUGGGGUAGAUGACCCUCAUCAGCACGGACGAGGUGUGGCCCUGGCAGAUUUCAACCGUGACGGCAAAGUAGACAUUGUCUACGGCAACUGGAAUGGCCCACACCGCCUCUAUCUGCAGAUGAGUGUACACGGGAAGGUCCGAUUUAGGGACAUUGCGUCACCUAAGUUCUCCACACCCUCCCCUGUCCGAACUGUCAUUGCUGCUGACUUCGACAAUGACCAGGAACUGGAAGUCUUCUUCAACAACAUCGCCUACCGCAGCUCCUCAGCCAAUCGCCUCUUCCGUGUUAUCCGCAGGGAGCACGGGGACCCUCUCAUCGAGGAACUCAAUCCUGGUGAUGCGCUGGAGCCUGAGGGCCGGGGCACAGGGGGCAUAGUGACCGACUUCGAUGGAGAUGGGAUGUUGGACCUCGUCUUGUCACAUGGAGAGUCCAUGGCUCAACCACUCUCUGUCUUCCGGGGGAAUCAGGGCUUCAGCAACAACUGGUUGCGUGUGGUGCCUCGCACCCGGUUUGGAGCCUUUGCCAGGGGUGCCAAGGUUGUACUGUACACCAAGAAGAGUGGGGCACACCUACGGAUCAUUGAUGGGGGGUCCGGCUACCUGUGUGAGAUGGAGCCUGUGGCACAUUUUGGCCUGGGAAGGGAUGAAGCCAGCAGCGUGGAGGUGACGUGGCCAGAUGGCAAGAUGGUGAGCCGCAGUGUGGCCCGCGAGGAGAUGAACUCAGUAUUAGAGAUCCUCUACCCCUGGGAAGAAGACAAACGUCAGAACACAGCCCCAUUAGAGUGCGGCCAAGGAUUCUCCCAGCAGGACAAUGGCCAUUGCAUGGACACUAAUGAAUGCAUCCAGUUUCCAUUCGUUUGCCCGCGAGACAAGCCCGUGUGUGUCAACACCUAUGGAAGCUACAGGUGCCGGACCAAUAAAAGAUGCAGUCGGGGUUACGAGCCCAACGAAGACGGCACAGCCUGUGUGGCUCAAGUGGCCUUUUUAGGUGGGUACUCUUCGGCUGCCUUUAGACUCUCUGAGCCUCUCUCUCAGGCCGCAUAUCUUUCUCUAGGCCUGGGACUUUGCCUUCAGUUAUAUGCACUUUAAAUCCCAUCAAUAAAGGAAAAAAAAUCUAACAACCUUUGUGGAAAACUAUAUCUCUCCUGCUGCCUACCUCUCUCCACACCCAAUAGAUUCUGCCAUGUGCUCCUUCGAACGGACAGCAGGGGUGGCCAUCUUUGAGAAGGGAAUUUGGGAGAUACUGAUGGGAUCUUAGUUGUUUGUGAAGCCUUUCUUUGCAUGUUUUCUGAGAAAACAGAGAAAGAAAGUAUCUCCUCUACCCAACCCUUCGUUCCUUCAGAAGAACCAAGACAGUCUGGUCAUUUCCGUAUCUUUGUCAGCUUCUUAUUUUGCCCUUAACAAAGAUGGCUCCCAGAUGGUUGCUUGCUCGGUUGAUUGAGUAAUGUAUCAUGUGCCUGCUGAUUUGGCCUGUGCUGUUGCUGCUAUGUACAACCUGAUUUCCUAUGAUUAUGAAAGCCUUAUUGGGUUGGUGGUGGUGAUGGGAAGGGGAAGGGUGGCCCUUUGGGACUGUUGAUAAAAAUGCUUAAGUUUGAACUUGCUAAGUCU